AUGGAGGCUCUCAAGUCACGAUUUCCCGACCUCAAGUUUGCGCCCCUCGUCGACCCAAACAGCCAUCCCCAUUACCUCUACAGCCCUUUCAACCCCUCCACGCAGGUCCUCAAGGCGGGACAUGCCAAGGAUCCCGGCCGCCGCCCCUUUGACGUGGACACGGUAUUCGAAAAAGAUGUCGCUGUGGAAAUGAGGGACAAGGUCAAGCUCUACACGGAUGUGUUUCGAGCCACGAGUUCAGAUGAUAGCAAUGGAAAAGUCCCUGCCCUGAUUCAAUGGAGUCCGUACGGCAAAAGUGGAGGUGCCCAAACCUAUGAUGUUAUGGGCCCGUUCCGCUGUGGUGUCCCCUUGGACAAAACAUCCGGGUAUGAGAAAUUCGAGGCCUUGGAUCCCGCAGAGUGGUGCACCAGGGGCUAUGCCAUUAUCAACAUUGAUGCCAGAGGCGCGGGAGACUCGGAAGGAGAUAUUGUUUUCUGGGGAGAACAAGAGGCAAUGGACAUGUACGACACGGUCGAGUGGGCCUCCAAGCAGCCAUGGUGCAACGGCUCCGUCGCUUUCGCCGGCAACUCGUGGCUCGCUAUAGCCCAAAUCAACCUUGCGUCGAGGUUCAGCCACCCCGCUCUCAAGGCACUCGCGCCCAUGGAGGCCAUGACGGAUCCUUACCGAGACCAAAUGGGGCGAGGUGGUAUUCCUCGUGCGCCUUUUAUGCGGAUGAUUAGUGCUGGACUUGCCGGAAAGGGUGGGAUUGAAGACGCUGCGUCUUACCUGGAGAAGAAUCCAUUGUUUGAUGACUACUGGGCCACAAAGGUGAUUCACGUGGAGAAUAUCGACGUGCCGCUCUACCUUACUGCGUCAUUUUCCACGGGCAUACAUUCUCGGGGCUCAUUUGAGACUUUUCAACGAGCCAAGACUCCUCUCAAGUGGCUUAGAGUGCACCCUUAUCAAGAAUGGUCGGAUCUUUAUCGACCUGAGAUCAAUGACGAACUGCAGUCCUUUUUCGACAAGUACUGCAAGGGGGUCGACAACGACUGGGAGACUACACCCAAGUUUCGACUCUCGUUGCUCGGGUUUGGAGAAAGCCCGGCCAAGACCAUUGUCGAGCGCCCCGAGAAGAGCUGGCCAGUUCCUGGCACGGAGCUCCGCACCUACUUUCUCGACGCAGACUCGCACUCCUUGUCCUCCUCGAGGCCCGAGAAGGAGUCCGUCACGAGCCAUGAUGCGCAUCACUUGACGGACAGCUCCAACUUUUCUGUGCACUUUGACACUUAUACUGAACUCGCCGGAUAUCCCACUGCCAAGCUUUGGAUGUCCUGUGACGAGCACGAUGACAUGGAUGUCCACGUUCAGAUUCAAAAGAUUGCAAAGGAUGGCAGUACGCUCAAGAGUCUCAACUACGAGUGUCCCGUGCCAGAGCCGCAAGUCCCAGACACAAAUGUCGCCAAGUUCCUUGGACCAGAUGGCAUGCUCCGGGCGAGUCACCGAGUGUCCAAGGUAGUGGUGGACGGCACCGUGCAGUACACGCACGAAAAGGCUGAAAAGAUUACCCCAGGUCAAAUUGUGGAGUUGGAAAUUCCUCUGUGGCCGAUCGGAAUGGUCUUUGAGGCUGGCGAGGGAAUCUUGUUGCGAGUUGCCGGGCAUGACCUUCGCCUGCCCGAGGUGGAGUUGUUAAGGACAAAUGUUCCAGUGGAUGAAAACAAGGGACGGCAUAAAAUCCAUACUGGAGGCAAGUGGGAAAGCUCCUUGGUGGUGCCCGUGAUUGCAGAGAGCAAACGGGAUUGA